AUGGAAAGUAUUUAUCAUCAAUCGGGUAUCUACUCGUCAGCUGGUGCUCCUCAGUCACCUUAUGUGCCAACCUCGAGUUAUGCCACGGAACAACAACAACAACAACAUCCGCAACUUCCGCCACCACCUUACCGGUCUACUACUACAAGCAGCUUUUUCAAUAACAGCCAUCGAUAUACCUCUAUCAAUCACACACCACAUUCUUAUGGCAGCCAUGAUAUGAUGGGUAAUGCUGCGGGUGGUGCUGAUCCCUAUUCACCUGUUGGUGGUGCACCAUCAACAUGGUCAUCAAGCGCAACGGCACAACAGCAACAACAACAACAACAUCCACCACAAGCUUCAUCUGGUUUUCCUUCUUACAUGAGUCCACCUGCAUUACCAUCACCUGUGUCAGCGGCAUUUCGUCGUGGUCAUCAUAGCGGAUAUGGAUCCGGUCAUGCUGCUGCAGCUGCUGCAGGUUGCUUUGGUGGUCCUUGCUCUCCGACCGAUAAUGCUUUUGGUCAUCCAACACCGCCAGCACCUAUUCAAAGACCCAAGUUGACCACUACGGUGUGGGAAGAUGAAGCCACUGUAUGCUAUCAAGUCGAUGCCAAGAAUAUUUGUGUUGCUCGUCGUCGAGACAAUGACAUGGUCAACGGUACCAAGUUACUUAAUGUAGUUGGCAUGUCUCGUGGAAAGCGUGAUGGUAUUCUCAAGAAUGAAAAAGGUCGUGUCGUUGUCAAGGUUGGCGCAAUGCAUCUCAAAGGUGUAUGGAUUACCUUUUCACGCGCCAAGGACCUGGCCACCAAGUUCAAGAUUGUUGAUUUGUUGUAUCCUCUAUUUACUGAUGACCCAUCACAAUUCCUUUGCACUACCUCUGACAGUGGUCUCAGCGUACCUUCAGGAGAUACAGCAUCUGUGGAAACGGCUCAAACAUCAUCCACCGUCAAAUCAUUAGUGGGUCCACCACCACCAUCAGGAACAACGCAUUCCAUGUCGCCUUACAAGACGGCGGAUCUUUCAAGCUAUCAUUACAUGCCACCAUCAUGGGAGAAUCGCCCACCCUAUUCAUCAUUGGCCAACAAUGACUCACUUCGCUCACAAGACAUGCCAGCUACAAGCACACCUUACAAUGGCAUGUUGAAUGGCACGCCUGCUGGUGUUCCUCGACCUUCAUCAUUUGGUAGCCUUACUCAUCCACCAUCAUCAACGCUUGAAGAUGAUCCAUUCAUGGCACGCCGAUCUGGUGGUAUUGAUGAGCCAUCAGUAGCACGUUUCCCAUCAAGCCCACCACCCGAAAAGUACGCUGCUGAUCAAUCCAUUCAUCCACCCUACAUUUAUGACAGUGAGAACCAUCACGCUGAAGUAUCAUCUACCACCAAUGCAAACAACAAGAAACGACGACAGAGCCACGAUUCUACUACUGAGCUUGUUGAAAAGGCAGAGCACAGCAACAAGCGUAUCAAAAGCAGCGGUUGA